AUGCUUCUUGGAGUGAAAGCAAUAAUUGCCAAGAGCUUUGAGAGAAUCCAUCGAAGCAAUCUUGUUGGAAUGGGAAUAAUUCCUCUCUGUUUCAAGUCUGGUCAGGAUGCAGAAACCUUAGGACUCACAGGUCAUGAACGUUACACAAUUGAUCUCCCAAGUAAUAUUGGUGACAUUAGGCCUGGCCAAGAUGUCAAUGUUACAACAAACACGGGCAAAUCUUUUACGUGCACAUUACGAUUUGAUACAGAGGUUGAGUUGGCAUAUUUUGAUCAUGGCGGUAUUCUUCCUUAUGUCAUCCGCAACUUGACUAAACGAUAA